GUUUAAUGCAAAUUUGUUCAGUGUAAAACAAUAGUCGGUUACACAUGUUUUCACUGGACGAUGAUUAGUUCUCUGCAGUAGAUCAUCGAUGACAGUACAUAGAAUUUGAUGAACAAAAAAAAAGAUAAAUGUGAAACAAUUUGAAAACCGAAGAACCAAGGAACAUUUUUGGAACAUUUAAUAAAUUUAUUCAGAAAAUACAAACGCUGUAAUUUAUAUGUGGACGUUGUAAUUUAAUUUCAUUUCCGCAUAAUUGUUAAAAGUGAUUUAAAUAAAAGAAUUUGGUGUGAGUGUGCACUAUUAUUAAGCAAAAGAUGUCAAAUGGCACAGUGUCAUCUAAAUCAAGUGGCAGCGACGGUAGCGAUUCUUAUAAAUAUGAAGAUACAAGUAUAUUCACUCAUUCAAUUCCAAAAGGCGACCGCUACAAGCUUCGUCUUCAUCUCGAUCAGAAUGAUGUGUGGGAAAAGGCAGCAAUCAAAAUGGGAUUCACUGAAAACGACAUCAAUACGAAAAUAAAACCAUUGGCUCUGGAAAAUCACUACUCAAAUGCAGAACAACUCCUUUCGCUAUGGGAUGACCAAAAUCACACCGUCACAGAAUUGUUCAUGGUGUUAUAUAGCAUAAAGCAUUAUGAGGCAAUGGAAUGCCUGAAACAUCAUGUAAACAGAAAAUAUCAUCGAUUAUUACUUAAAACAUUGACGAUUCCGAAUGAAGCACAAAAAAGUCGAGACUCAAAUGAAAGCAGUAGCUACUAUUCGGAUUCAAUGAUGUCGACCAACGGUUGCGACAAUAAAAAAGCGGGCGAUGUCGCCGGCCUCAUACCAUUCGUUUUGUACGAAGAACUUGAGACUGCGACGGAAAAUUGGAGCGAAAAAAAUAUAUUGGGUCGUGGUGGUUUCGCCACUGUAUUUCGAGGUCGUUGGAAAUCGACUGAAGUUGCUAUUAAAAAAAUUCAAUACAAGACCGAUGAUGCAAAGAAAAAGGCCAAAAUUCAAAUGAAACAAAUGGAAACGGAAUUGUCUUUUUUGAAUUCAUGCAGACACGAUAACAUCUUGCCACUCUACGGAUAUAGCAAAAAUGGGCCAGAGCCCUGUUUGGUUUACCAGCACAUGUCUGGUGGAUCAGUGGAACGUCGAUUGCGUGGAAAAACGGCAAGUCCCCUGACGUUCGAGGAACGAAAUCGAAUUGCACUUGGGACAGCUCGAGGCCUUCAAUACCUUCAUACUUAUAUUGAUGGCAAACCGCUAAUCCAUGGUGACAUAAAACCAGCAAACAUAUUACUCGAUUUGAAUUGUGUGCCAAAAAUCGGUGAUUUUGGCUUGGUUAGACAACAAAGCACGGAAUCGAUGAAAGUAUCUAGUAUAUGUGGAACAAAACCAUAUUUACCAUUUGAUUAUUUGCACAAUCGAAUGCUUACCACGAAAAUUGAUACCUACAGUUACGGAGUUGUGCUAUUUGAAUUAUACACAACAUUGAGAGCAUAUGAUAAACACCGUGAUGCACCGUUUUUGGCAAAGUUUAUGCGCGGCAAGGUAAUUAAUAACGAGCAUUUCACACUCAUUGAUAGGUCAAUACAUUCGGCCCAAUGCAAUCCGUUGUAUGAUUUUAUCAUGAAAAUGGGAAUGAGGUGCACAGAUGAAAAUUGCGACAAUCGACCGGAGAUGGUGAAAAUAUUGCAAAUACUAGAGAGUCUCAUGGAUAAGGAUGGACGCAGUAUUGGGCUACCAGUUUAGUAUUAGUUGCAUUUUUUAGCGGAUUGAUAUAAACAAACAUUAAUGUUACUUCUUGAGAACCAAAUGUAUUCCUUUGUACGCAUUUUAGAUUUAACGAGAGAAAAAAAAAUGAAAUCAUUUGUAAAAUUUAUGUUUAAUGUAACUUUAAGUGCCUUAGUCAGAAUCAAUGAGAUUACUGGUUUUGCCCAGCUAGUUUCAGUAUUUAAGUUAAGUUUGUCUUGUAUGCAAUGUUUCAAAAUUAAAUGAUUGAGUUUCAUAUCUUGUGAAUGAGUGGA